CAUUUUCUGCAUAAUCUCUCCUCUCUCUCUUUCUCUCUCCUUUGCAGAUUUGUAAGCAAAGAAGAGAUCAUCCAGAGAAAAGCCAAGGAAGAGACUAGUAGUCUAGUUUCUGUCCUCAAAUCAUCCUUUUAUCCCCUUUGUUAAUUUCCUCACCAGCUCGCAACCACGGCGUUCGAAAACGAAUCCACCAGGGAGAUCACCUCUCCUGGAAGAAAAAUGGGUAGGGGAAAGAUUGAGAUAAAGCGGAUCGAAAACAAGACCAAUCGGCAGGUUACCUUCUGCAAGCGGCGAAACGGCUUACUCAAGAAGGCUUAUGAACUCUCUGUUCUCUGUGAUGCUGAGAUUGCUCUUAUCGUCUUCUCCAACCGUGGCCGUCUUUAUGAGUAUGCCAACAACAGUGUUAAAGGAACUAUAGAUAGGUACAAAAAGGCAUGCUCAGAUUCCUCAAAUACUGGUUCUAUUUCCGAGGCCAAUGCUCAGUUCUACCAGCAAGAAGCUUCUAAACUGCGUGCCCAGAUUAGCAAUUUGCAGAACUCUAACAGGAAUAUGCUGGGUGAGUCUCUGAGCACUUUGACACUCCGAGACCUCAAGAAUCUGGAGGGUCGUUUAGAGCGAGGCAUUAGCAGAAUCCGAUCCAAGAAGAAUGAGCUGUUGUUUGCUGAAGUCGAAUAUAUGCAAAAGAGGGAGGUCGACUUGCAUAAUAGUAACCAGUACCUCCGAGCCAAGAUAGCUGAGAAUGAAAGAGCCCAUCAGCAACUGAACUUGAUGCGAGGGGGGUCUGACUAUCAGCUCGUGCCCACUCAGCCAAUGGACGCUCGAAACUACCUUCAAUUCAAUGGGCUGCAACCUAAUGAUCAUCACUACUCUCGACAAGACCAAACACCCCUUCAGUUAGUUUAAUAUGUUUGAAGGGACAGUCUGUGCUACAGCAAUGUCCGGGAAACACUAAGAAACAGACAUCAACUUUGCUCAAGUAGGGGGUCUUUAUACCUGAUCUGGUGGUGUUUUGGUUUCUUGGGGAAGUCGUUAGAAUCUCGUGUUUGGCAUUAGAGACAGUAUAUGUUUGCUAUGUCUCAUGCAUGUGUUGUGAUGUUUUCAACUUAAAUACUAACAUAUUUAAUAACCCUAAUUUGUGCUAUUAAUUUUUCUUUCUUUUUGUUCUUUCCA